GGGGACCCCCUGUUCCCCUCAUUACAACCCUGCCCCCGUUUUCGCAUCUUAUUAUGUACAAGCGGCCCAUAUAAGUUACAACAGCUAAGGCCGAGGAACCACAAAGCCACCAUUUCGCUUCUUCCCCCCCUUCGAGAACCUGACGCGCCGUGGCUAGCCUGUCUGCGUACCGUCUCUUUCUCGCUCUCUGUACGGAUACACUCUCUGUACCUACAUGCGUUGCCGGAGCUGCCUCGGUUUUGCCUCGUCGAAUCAUUCGCGCAUAUCCGUACCUACUUCCGCUCCCUUCAUCGCUUGUCACCUGUCACCACCUCGUCUUCCUCCAUCUCUCGCCUUUUGCCUCGUCGUAUGUCGGACUCAACAAUCUAAAUGCUAUAGUACAUACGACCCAACGACACACGGAUCAACUGAGUUCUCCAGUCGACGGCCAAUUUGAGCAUCAACACCCUCCUGCGGGGAGCUCUAUUGUACAUGCACGCCAAGCGUCUGGUUUCGGACGGCUUUUCUUCAGACGGAAUAGAAAUCUUGUGGGAGAAAGGGAUUCGAACGAGAGACUCAGCUCAACACCAGCAGUGGCCACAGCGAGUGCCCAUCUCAGGAUCUGCACCAUUGAUCGGACUGGGGAAUCGGCAACUGUCCUCAAGCUCCCGAGUCGUCUUGAGGUUAGGACUGGACAUCCAUCGAUCCAUAAAAGAGCAGAGUGCUUUUGGCCUCUCCCCGCAUAGCUCAAGGCUCAAGAGGGAGGACGAUAGUAAACGGUUUACACGCCCGGAAGCUUCUUUGCCACAGGAGCGAGCAGCAAAGAACCUCGAAUGACGCGAGAGAGACUCGAUAGCCAAGGAAAACCAUCGCAUUAACGUAGACGUCGUACCGAACCCGGGUCACGGAAGAGAAGUCCCAGACACAUUGUCUAUUGACGGUUCCCGGUAUAGGGAACCAGCACUGUCGCCGUCCAGUGUCUUCUCAACCAUCCGACGAACUGCGGAACCCACAACGCUCCAUCUUACAUGAACGAAAGCAACUGAGUAGUCACUCGCCGUUCGAGCAAUAUCUCCACCAUUGAGCCGCUACGCCACCGUCAACGGGCUUGGUCCCAGUACGAGAAAGACACCAUGUUGUCUAAUCCACUCCAUCGGUUCUCGCCAUAUCACGGCAUGCAGUCGAGCACCCUCUUCUCCAACGCCCAGGUCUCAAACGGUCUUCCAAAUACGAACGGACUAGACCCGCUGGCGCCGAACUCGCAUUAUGCGUUGCAACAACUUCAACAACAUGUAGGAGUGCACCACAACAACAACCCUCACUUGGCCCGGGGAGCCCCUCAGUCGAAGCACCGUCAACACCCAUACGGUCCUGCGGCAGCUCGAUCAUCCAGCACUUCUGGGCCCGUCAGGAGAAGGAUCAGUCGAGCGUGCGAUCAAUGCAACCAGCUACGCACAAAAUGCGACGGGCAGCACCCUUGCGCCCACUGCGUAGAAUUCGGGCUAGGCUGCGAGUAUAUCCGCGAAAGAAAGAAGCGAGGCAAAGCGUCUCGGAAGGACCUUGCGGCGCAAGCUGCUGCUCAAGCCUCGGCGGGAGGGACGGGUCCUGGUCAAAAGUCACCCUCCGACGACAACGGCCACCCGUCAGAGCAAUCCGAGCCUGUCGAUGGCAAAGCCGGACAGCCGCUGGGCAGCGACCCGCAGCAGACCCGCAGCGGAAAGACUAUGGACGACAUGAGUGACGAUACUAUGCAGCACAGCCAGAGGACAGGCUCGCUCGAUAGCCUAGGAGACUUGACGGGUCAUCCCGCUCACUUGUCAGCUCACCACGGGAUGGAUCGAGACCACCUGGAGAGUCCGACAACGCUGGAUCUCAAUGGUUACGGCGGCGUCCACGGCGCAUACGACAGACAAGGUCUGAGCACGCACAUGAUGGCAGGAUCAGCGCAUGCGGCAUACGGUCCCAACCCGGGCGGCAUGUCGGCAUACCCCGAUAUGCCAUAUGCGAUGCAGACGCAGAGCCCGACAGCUUAUGCCAACGGCGCGCCAUUCCGAAUCGCCGCCAGUCCCAUCAGCGCAUAUCCCUUGGGAGGCGAACCGACAUCUCCCGAAUGGAUAUCCAUGUCGUCUCCGCCGGCACACUACCAGUCUCACAUGCCUCCGAGCAGCUACGGCCAUGCGGCCGCCCAACAGCUCCGGUAUCCCGUGUUGCACCCUCUGCUCCCCCACCUGGGGAAUCUCCUCCCGAUCUCCCUGGCCUGCGACCUCAUUGACCUCUACUUUGCGUCAUCCUCGUCGGCGCAGAUGCACCCGAUGUCGCCGUACGUCUUGGGAUUCGUCUUCCGCAAGAGAUCUUUCCUCCACCCAACCAAACCGAGACAAUGCCAGCCUGCUCUCCUAGCCAGCAUUCUCUGGGUAGCGGCGCAGACCAGCGAUGCCCCCUUUCUGACCAGCGUACCGUCGGCCCGCGGGAAGAUCUGCCAGAGGCUGCUGGAGCUGACCGUCAGCCUGCUCAAGCCGCUUAUCCACACACCAUCCGGCGACACAUCUCCAGUAACCAGCCCCGCCAUUGAUGGUGUGGCGCUCGGCGGGCUGGGGGUCGCACUUCCUGGAUCCAUCAGCAUGGACGCGUUGACGGGCGAGUCCGGCCCGUUCGGCGCUGCCGGGACCCUGGACGACGUCAUCACCUACAUCCACCUCGCCACGGUGGUCUCCGCCAGCGAGUACAAGGGCGCAAGCCUUCGAUGGUGGAACGCGGCCUGGUCGCUGGCUCGCGAGCUCAAGCUCGGCCGCGAACUGCCGCCGUUGCCCCUUUCCAUGAACCAGCCCAACGGCCACGAGGUGGACGGCGAUGCGGACGGCGAAACGGAACUGGGCGGCAACGGCCACCCGGGUGUCAUCACGGAGGAAGAGCGCGAGGAGCGUCGUCGGAUAUGGUGGCUCACAUACAUCGUCGACCGGCAUCUGGCCCUUUGCUACAACCGGCCCUUGUUCCUGCUCGACCUCGAAUGCGCCGGUCUGUUGCAGCCGAUGGACGACACAGCGUGGCAGAACGGGGAGUUCCGCCCGACCCAAGCCACGACCGAUCCGAGUCUCGGAGACGCCGACAGCAGCCAGCCGAGCCGUGUGCGUGGGCCGCACUUCGAGUGUACGGGGCACAGCAUAUUCGGCUACUUCCUGCCCCUGAUGACCAUUCUCGGCGAGAUUGUCGAUCUUCACCACGCCCGGAACCACCCCCGGUUCGGCGUCGGCUUCCGCUCCGCCCGCGAGUGGGACGACCAGGCCGGCGAGAUCACGCGGCACCUCGAGGCGUACGAGAAGAGCCUCGGGCGGUUCGAACAGCAGCACCUCACGCGGAUCAACAUGGGCGUGGACGAAAAGGGCGACGCGGCCAACCCGGAGGGCGCGGAGCACGGCCCGAUCGCGGACAUCGGCACGCCGUCGGUGCACUCGGUGCACACCAGCGCGUCGUCGAACCGCAUGACGGAGAGCGACAUCCAGACCAAGAUCGUCAUGGCGUACGGCACGCAUGUUAUGCACGUCCUGCACAUCCUGCUGGCCGGCAAGUGGGACCCCAUCAACCUCAUCGACGACAACGACCUGUGGAUCUCAUCCCAGGGCUUCAUCACCGCCACGGGCCACGCCGUGUCGGCCGCCGAGGCCAUCAACAACAUCCUCGAGUUCGACCCGGGCCUCGAGUUCAUGCCCUUCUUCUUCGGCAUCUACCUGCUGCAAGGGUCCUUCCUCCUGCUGCUCAUCGCCGACAAGCUCCAGCUGGAGGCGUCACCGAGCGUCGUCAAGGCGUGCGAGACCAUUGUGCGGGCCCACGAGGCCUGCGUUGUGACGCUCAACACGGAGUACCAGCGCAACUUCAGUAAGGUGAUGCGGAGCGCCCUGGCGCAGGUCCGCGGCCGGGUGCCGGAGGACCUCCACGAGCAGCACCAACGCCGGCGGGAGCUGCUCGCUCUGUACCGCUGGACCGGCGACGGCACCGGACUGGCCCUCUGAGCCAAGGCAGACGGGCUAUACGGUCGGAAUUUCAUCCUCUUCCCAAAGUGGAGCGCCCGCUCGGCCGCUCCCCUCCACCCACCUCAUUGGGUGGUUCUGACGCAAGCCCGACGGUGCAGGAAGGAAUCCGGCCAAAGCGAAAAGAAGUAAGGGACGAGGAAUACGGUAACAGGGACAAAAAGGCGAAGCGUGGGGAAAAAAAAGGGGGGGGUAGGGACACAAAGAAUGGGAAAUAAUGUAGGAAAUACGGGUUAAUCAUCAGGUUGGCGGGUCAAGCGGGCUUCACAAACGUAACAUCUCACCCAACAUGAGAAGAAAAGGGGGGGGUGAGGGGGGUUUAAAGAGCGAAGGGAAAGAUCAUGAGGAGGAAGAGGAAACAGGGGCGCAGUGUUUUUUUCUUUCUUUCUCCUUUGAGGCUUACAAGAAACGACAUCAUGGCUUGUGGGUUUCAUUAUACCUUGGGGGGUUGGGGGAAGGACUGAUGUUCUUGGUUUCGAUGUGUUUGAUUUCGUGCCACUUUGGGACUGAGCUCUUGGUGUUGGACGGGACGGACGGAUGAGAUGGGCUUAGUGGACGGAACGACCGAAUGAUGGGGACGGAAAGGUUUGAAACUCAUAUGUACAUAGGCAGCGGCGCUUGGUGGAUGAGCCGAAUGAGAGAUGUCGUGUCCUGUCGAGUUGACUAUCCCUCCCUUCCUGCUCCCUCUCUCCGACCCCCCUUGGAGUUUUCCCAACUCAGCUUCUAAUCCAUGCGAACGAUGACAAAUCAAGCAAAGUAGGCAAGCUAAAAGAUGCUCAAAUAGGGAUGUCUCUUUUUCGUCCUCUCCCUGCUCGCUAGAUAACCGCCCAAUAAC